CGGAAAAUACUUACUAACACUCACAUCUGCACUACUUAAUUUCCUCCAUUAAGAGUUAAUGGGGAAACACGGACCAACACAAUCUCACUUUCAUCUCUUACUAAUGCUACUAUUCUCUUUCUUCUUCGCAUACCUAAUUCCAUUAUCACAUGGACAAGACCCCAUUGGCUAUGGCUACAAAAUUGAAUCUGUCAUCGACAGUUUAUCAGAAGAUGGAUCACUGAAAGCUAACCUUAGCCUCAUCAACGCCUCCACUGUUUUUGGUCCUGAUAUUCAGAGUUUAAGCCUUUCCGUCAGCUUUGAAACGAAGGAGCGAAUCAGAAUCCGACUAACAGAUUCACAAACGCAAAGAUGGGAGAUUCCACAAGAAAUCAUUCCUCGACCAAGACAAAACCUCUCCAGCCUAGACUCCGAUCUUGUUUUUACGCUUCAAAACACCACGCCAUUCGGCUUUUCCGUGUCACGCAAAUCCAAUGGCGACGUUCUUUUUAACGCCACGCCGGACACGUCGAAUUCCAGCAGUUUCUUGGUUUUCAAGGACCAAUAUAUUCAGUUCUCCUCUUCACUUCUGGCGAAUAGGUCUUCAAUCUAUGGUUUCGGAGAGCAUACGAAAACUUCCUUCAAGUUGAGGCCAAGUGAUUCGUUCACUUUAUGGAAUGCUGACAUUGGAAGCUCGAAUCAAAAUAUCAAUCUUUAUGGUUCUCAUCCAUUUUACAUUGACGUCCGAUCACAGUCCGGUGAUGGUAAGGUAGCGGCAGGGAGUAGCCAUGGAGUUUUACUGUUGAAUAGUAAUGGAAUGGAUAUAAUAUACGGUGGUGAUAGGGUAAUUUAUAAGGUUAUUGGUGGUGUAAUUGAUUUAUACAUUUUUGCUGGACCAUCUCCUGAUUCAGUGAUACAGCAGUACACAGAGCUUAUUGGCAGGCCUGCACCCAUGCCUUAUUGGUCAUUUGGAUUUCAUCAAUGUCGAUAUGGUUACAAGGAUGUUGCCGAUCUUGAAGGAGUGGUUGCUGGCUAUGCAAACGCUGGAAUACCUCUUGAAGUUAUGUGGACAGAUAUUGAUUAUAUGGACCGAUAUAAACUUUUCACUCUUGAUCCGGUCAACUUCCCUGCUGAUAAAUUGAAACCUUUCGUUGACAAGCUUCACCAGAAUGGCCAAAAGUAUAUAGUCAUUGUCGAUCCUGGAAUUGCUGUAAAUGACAGCUACGGAACCUAUCAGAGGGGGAUGGAAGCUGAUAUCUUUAUUAAACGUGAUGGUUCUCCUUACUUGGGACAAGUGUGGCCUGGAAAUGUCUAUUUUCCUGAUUUUCUGAAACCAAACACCCAAUCCUUUUGGACGAAUGAAAUCAAACAAUUUAGAGAUGUCAUUCCAGUUGAUGGUCUUUGGCUUGACAUGAAUGAGAUAGCCAAUUUUAUAAGCUCAUCAGCAACCCCAAAUUCCACCCUUGAUAAUCCUCCCUACAAAAUUAACAAUGCCGGAAACCAGCGGGCGAUUAAUGAUAGGACAGUACCAGCAACAAGUUUACAUUUUGGUAACAUUACAGAAUAUGAUGUUCAUAACAUGUUUGGAUUGCUAGAAGCUAGAGCAACUCAUGAGUCCUUAAUAAAUGUGACUGGCAAGAGGCCUUUUAUACUUUCUAGGUCUACUUUUGUAAGUUCUGGCAAAUAUACAGCUCAUUGGACUGGUGACACUGCCUCCAGAUGGGACGAUUUGGCUAAUUCGAUUCCUACCAUUUUGAGCUUUGGACUAUUCGGGAUACCGAUGAUUGGUGCUGAUAUUUGUGGGUUUCAAGGAAAUGCCGAUGAAGAACUCUGUCAACGUUGGAUUCAGCUUGGAGCAUUUUAUCCAUUUUCACGAGAUCACUCGGACAAGAACUCUAAUCGUAAAGAACUAUAUCUUUGGGAUUCAGUAGCUGCAUCAGCUAGGGAGGUUUUAGGGCUUCGGUAUCGGCUACUUCCAUACUUGUACACAUUAAUGUAUGAAGCACACACCAACGGGACGCCUAUAGCAAGGCCAUUAUUUUUCUCAUUUCCUGAGGAUAGCAAAACUUAUGACAUCAACUCACAAUUUCUAAUUGGCAAAAGUGUAUUGGUCUCACCUGUGGUAACAUCCGGAACAACUUCAAUUCAAGCAUAUUUUCCUCGAGGAAAUUGGUUUAGCCUAUUUAAUUACUCGAAUUCAGUCAAUGCAACAGGAAAUAAUGUUACAUUAGAUACACCAUUAAAUAACACCAAUGUGCAUGUAAGAGAAGGUACCAUUUUGGCUUUGCAAGAGGAAGCAAAUACAACAACGGAGGCUCGAAAGACGCCAUUCGAGCUCUUGGUGGUUGUGACUAACAAUGGAAACAGUACCGGAAAACUAUUUCUGGACGACGGGGAGGAACUGGAGAUGGGAGGAUCAGGAGGGAAUUGGAGUUUUAUUAGAUUUUCCAGUGGAAAGCAAGGGAAUGAUACUGUCUCUGUUAGAUCAGAAAUUGAGAAUGGAGAAUUUGCUUUGAGUCAAAACUGGAUUGUUGAUAAGGUAAGUUUCAUAGGGUUGGAAAAGGCUUUUGGAGUUAAAGCACAGCUGCGAAUCAUAAACGGGACUUCAAAGGGUAACCCUGUUGUAAAUGGCACAGAUGACAAUCCAAAUUUUGUCAGGAUUGAAGUUUCAGGAUUAUCACUUCUUCUUGGAGAAGAGUUUCAGUUGGAAUUGGUGAAAACUAGUUAAGGAAAAGUAUUAUAGUCACAAAACAAAGAAUUGAUGUAAUAAACUUCAAGCCUUCAUUUUGCUAGAACUUCUUUAAUGGUGACCUUCAAAAUAUUGGAGGCUUAUAACUGGUUUGAAGGACUAAAAUUGAUAGUGUUUAUAUGCAUACCAUACAUAAAGUCUACCAUCAUCACUUGAUAA